CAAUACGCACUUGCAGCAAACCUAACACCAAUGUACGCGGUUCCGGUAACUUUUCAACAGCAAACAAAUAUAAUUAUUUAAAUUUGUAAGAGAAAAGAGUAAAAAAUUAUUACAAUUUUUAAAAAAAUUGCAAAUUAACAGCAAUAACUAAAGCUGGAAAUAUUAGAAGAAAAUUGAUAUAACAUAAGCAAAAUGUUAGUUGAUGAAAUGCCGGUUCAGAUCGACAACAACAAAUGUCGUCGCGAUCGUGAUACCCGUCUCUCAAAUCCACGCCUUGAUUUACCCUCUCUCUGCAAUGUGGGCAGUACACGAGGCUCUUCACGUAAUCAUCAUCAUUCGAAUGGUCAUCAUCAUGGUGCAACACUGCAGCAACAACAGCAGCAGCAGCAACAUCAACAAACUACCAACAGCACACAGCUACACAAUCGCAGUCCAUCGAAUGGCAAUAUUAGCAAUAACAUUAAUAAUAAUAACAACAAUAACAAUAAUUUGGGAUCACCAGUGUCCUCUAAUACAGUAUCCUCGCAUGGUAAUUCAUCAAGUGGUGAGAGAGGCUCAUCGACCAAGUCCAACUCAAGUACGGGUAGCGGUAAUUCAGCCAGAGAAGAAAUGAAAUGUAUCACACCAAUGACGCCAUCAGAGCUGGUUAAAAAAUAUAGUAAUUAUUUGACUGAUAUGGAAUUUGAAGAGCUAAGAGUGUAUAAGGAAAUCUGGUAUUUUGGACAACAUGCCAAUAAAAAUUAUUCCAAUAAAGUCUCAGCAUCCACCACCAAUUCAGGUUAUGAUGAUGAAAAUGGCAAUUAUAAAAUUAUUGAACAUGAUCAUAUUGCUUUUCGUUAUGAAAUUCUAGAAAUCAUAGGUAAAGGUAGUUUUGGUCAGGUUAUUCGAGCUUUGGAUCAUAAGACCAAUACACAUGUGGCCAUUAAAAUAAUACGCAAUAAGAAACGUUUCUUAAAUCAGGCCGUAGUUGAAUUGAAUAUAUUGGAUGAGUUGCGUGAAAAGGAUGCUGAUGGAUCUCAUAAUGUUAUACAUAUGUUGGAUUAUAUGUAUUUUAGGAAACAUUUAUGCAUUACAUUUGAAUUGAUGAGGUAAGUGGUGAAAUUGAUUAAGUAUUAU